CCUUUUAUUCCCUUCUCGUCCUCUCGCUGAUUUCUUCCCCAAUUCAUUUUCGUAUCCCCUCACUCACUCUAACGCUUGCUCGCUCUUCCCGUCAUCAAGUUUAUCUGAGCACAAUCGGUUCUGGGGUAUCGGAGGGAUGGCUCAGAUCCAGUACUCCGAGAAAUAUUUUGAUGAUACUUUCGAGUAUAGGCAUGUCGUGCUUCCUCCUCAAGUGGCCAAGCUUCUCCCAAAGAAUCGCCUCCUUUCUGAAAACGAAUGGCGUGCAAUUGGAGUGCAGCAGAGCAGGGGAUGGGUCCAUUAUGCCAUCCACCGCCCUGAACCACACAUCAUGCUCUUCAGGAGGCCUCUCAACUAUCAGCAGCAGCAGCAGCAGGAGAACCAAGCUAAUUCGCUUGCCAAGUAAUGAUCACCUAAACAACAACUCGGGUAUGGUGAAAAUAUUCGAAAAUAUAUUAACUAUGGAAACGGGUGUGAGUUUAUAUCUCUCGUAAGCACACGGAAAAUCUCCCUGGCGUUUUCUGUGGGUAAUUUCACUUCUGUUAGAGUGUUGAGUUCAUGUUCGACUUGGCCAUGGUACUCUGGUGUCUUGUUUAGAGGCUCUUAUAACUAGCUGUGUUAUCAUUGGUCUGGUUCAUCUUUAUCAGUUGUACGAGCAUUUCUCAGGUUUA